AUGUCAGGAGUUGCUGUAUCAAACGUUCAUCUCUCUCACUAUUUAUCCCUCCUUGUUUGCCGCGGGGCCUACAGGACCGGUUCAGCCGGUUAUUUGGGAUUUUGCAGAACAGGAAUAUCAAGGGACAACUUGCCCGGUGUUUGUGUUCCUCCGGGGGCAGACUGCUCAGACUGGUUUCUGAAGUAGGGUGAGGUAGAGAGAGACGAAGGGAGGGCGUAGGGCGUUAUCCUGCCUUUCUCUCUCUUUCUCUCUGUUUCUCGCUGCCUCUUAUCUUUCUAUCACCCCUCUGCGUCGUGCUUUAAGUGAGGACAGGCACCCACGGCUUGUGGCGGUCACUGGAUGAGUGGUGGAGGGCAGAAGGUGAGUGUCUGAAGUUAUUCCUCAGCACAGAAUCCGGAGGUCGACCAAGAGUACAUCGUCAGUGGCAUGGACAGCUUCAACGAGCUGCUGUACAAGCUGCGCGAUGUCCACGAGCGGGAGCUGGAAGGCUGGCAGCUGAGAGUCCAGGAGCUGUCCAAUAAGAAGGGCUGUGACAUAAAGAGAAUGGAGGAGCUGUUCAAUAGAAACCAGCAGAUGAAAGAGCAGCAGAGGACACUAACAGAAAACAUCAAGACAUUGGAGAACAGGCUGAGGGCCGGGCUGUGUGAUCGCUGCACCGUCACCCAGGAAGUGGCCAAGAGGAGACAACAAGAAUAUGAGUCGUCGCAGAUACAAACUCUACAUCAGUUCUCCAUUCUGGUGGGCGAGAUGAACAACCUGAAGAAGGAGAACAGGAGGCUGAGGGAGGAGCUGGGGAACCAGAGGAAAGCUAUGGACAGUCAGAGCAACCACCUCUCCAAUAUCACUGCCACAGAGGUCAAACCCUCCAGAUCUCCUGACCAUUCCACCACUGCUGUGCCAGUCGCUCUUACCACAACAACCCUUAACAAUGCCUCCAAGCCGCCAGAAGGUGGCAACGUUGCGGUGAAAACGGAAGCAGACCAGAAAUUUGAGGACGCACAGGUUGGUGCAUCCAGUAGAAAGCCCUUUGAGUCUUAUAACGCACUCGCUGUGACAUCCCUCGAGCAUUCCCCCCGGGCGUCAGAAGAGAGCAGAACUGCUGGAGAUAAGAGACUGCAGGGCGCUGAGGGGCAACAUUCGCCGACCUCUAACCCCCCCCAACACAAAGUGUUUCUCCAGAACCUCCCGGCUCCUCUGUCCUCCUCCUCCUCUUCCCCAGGAGGUGCCCCCAGCAGGCACGUGCUCCAUGCCCCCGUGCCUUGCCGCCCUCGCCCAAUCAAAAGCGGGGCCCUCCCCUUCCCCUGGUCCGUCUCAGAACACUCCGACUGGGCCGGUCUCGCCGCCUCCACUGCGCUGCGUGGCCUUGGAGUUCAGCUCGACCCCCUCAAGUCCAACCCUUUCCUCUUCGCUGACGUGGGCCCCGCUGGCCCGCGGGCGAGCCCGUCCGACCAGAGCGCCCCCCCGGCGCUGCAGGCGGGGCUGAGGAGCGCCUGCGCCCAGCAGAGCUCGACGUCCGAGCCCCUCGCCGAACAGCGCCCCCGGCUGUUCAGGGUGCGGAGUCUGUCGGAGCUGGGAGACAGUCAGGCCAUCGCGCUGGAGAGGAAGGAGAUCGCACCGAUCCAGUGGAGGAGCACUGGGACGUCCCGGCCCCAGGGAGGGGUCGGCGAGGGAGAAUCAGAGGGGAACGACGGGCCCUUGGAUCUGUCCGAACGAGGAAGGUCCCAGUCCAACGAGUCGGCAAGCAGCGAGCGCCCUGUGCUCACCCAGGGGGCAGAGGGAGCAGCGAAAGGCUCUGAGAGCAGGACAAUCUCAUCUCCUCAUGGCCCCCCUUCAUCCUCUGGGGUCCCCGCCACACACUCCUCCACCCCUGCUUGUCAAGCACUGGAAAAGUCCAGUGAUCAUUGUAACUAUAUGGAAGAGGAACCGGAUCAGAGUGAGGAGAAGAACCAAAGAAAGGUUGACCAAACAAUCAAAGAAGAUUUUCCACUUUUCAACAGCUCAAUGCAACCAGUAGUGCUGCUGGGAACACUGAAUGCAGCACUGCAUAAACAAGGAACUGCGUUCUCAAAUGGCAAGCUGAAACAAGUGGAUCCAGUCAGCAGCUCAGAGGAGCAGGAUGAAGAGGGCCAGACAGGAGGAGACCAGAGCCCGGCCUCCAAGAGGGCCCGGUCCUCCACUGACAAACACAGCAGCAGAGAGUCGGAGACAGAGGACUUGAAGUCGCAUAAGAGGCUUACGAUUUGAGUGGGCUUUCAAGACUGAAGAAAACAGCGGCGGUCAACAAGCCAUCAAUGACACUAUCUGAUCCAGCAUUUCAAUUUGUUAAGGCACUACAGAACAAAUACAUAUAUUUAUUAGAAGUGAAGUGACCUGAAAAUGUGCUUCCAUUCCUACUGUAUCGUUCUCAAUCAAAUAAACCGUACUUCUAACGGUG